GCAGCCGCGUGCCGCAUGCGUCCGUCCUCGCGCCGGCGGGUGGCCGCCUGGCGGCUCGCGCUGCCGUCGGGGGGCGGCGGGGAGCAGUGCGCGCGGCGCGGCCGCUUGGAGAUGAUCUCGUUCUGGCUGCUGUGCUGGAAGCUGUUGAGAGCCACAGCUGGGCUAAGGAGGCCUCCAGCCGAGCUAACGGAUGGUAACCCAGACAACGGUAACCCAGACAACGGUAACCCAGACAACGACUCCCCCCGUCCAACACAGCCAUCAGAUCCAGUCACCAUGGAGAGCAGUUCAUCCCCACCGCCAACACACACUGGGAGUGAAUCCUUGGUCAUUUUGGGAAACCAGGAAGUGGAGGAGCUCCAUUACACAGAGGUCCAUGGGCUGAAGCAACCAAUCGGGGACGAGCAGGAAGAAGAAGAAGAUGAUGCAGGAAAAGAAAGUGUAAUCAGGGAUGCAGAUGAGUGUGAUUAUCUUGUUUUUACAAUAGGAGAGCGAAAUGGGAACGACAAAGGAGGUGAAAGUGGACAGGACACAGGUAGAGGAGGAGAUAAGGUAGAUGAUGGAGAACGAGGGGAAACAGAAGGAAAGGAAGAAGGAAGUGGAGCUACAGUGAGGGAAGAUGGAGGAAGAGGAGGUGCAAAAGAAGAGGAUGAAUGCAUAGGAGAGACAGUGGGCGAGAUGAGUUCUGAUGCUCCGUCAGAGCUCCUCUUCAUCUCUGGCAGCCCGGAGCGUCCUUCAUCCCCAGAGCCCCCGAUGGUCAUCUCACAUCCUUCAGAGCAGCCCAUGGAGGCCAUGUUGCAAGAGGCCUUUGGUCACAACAUCGGCGAAAGAGAAGACCUUAGUGACAUUCACCACAGAGGCUUCCCCCAAGCUGAGCUGGCUAGUGUGUACUCGCACAGCGACGCAGCUGACGACCAAUGGGCUAGCUUUGCACGCUGUGAUGUCACCAACCAGAAAGAAGCGGGAGGAGAAAUUGACAACACCAUCUGUGAAGGAGAGAGCAAGGAAGAGGAGAGAGGAGGCGCUGAUAAGGAGAGAGGGGACGAACAGUUAGAGGCAGAAGAAGAGGAGGGGGCGAGGGGGAGCAGACACAGGGAUGAUGAAGAGCAGAUGACGUCCAGGAGAGAUCUAUGUCCACGCCCACCUUCUGCCAGCUCCACAGAGCCGGACAGAAAGGCUCCUGUGGAUCUCUGUGUCCAAGAAGAGACCCCCAGUGGAAACGUCUCCACUGAGCAUGUGGACUUUCUGUUGGCCCGACAGCAGUGGAGGAAGAUGGAGGAGGAGGUCAAAGGUCAGCCAAUCCCCAAACCGGGCCUCAGAGCUCAGGGGAGCUUCCAGGGCACCCACAGCUCGCUGUACCCCCCCACUCGCAGCCCCCGACUCAAACACAGGGAGGUGCACCCUGCAGGGCCGGGGGAGCCCACCCUGUCCUCCACCCUGUCCUCCACCCUGUCCUCCACCCUGUCCCCCGGCUCGGAGGACUCGGGCCUGGAGGAGCCAGAGAGCGCAGUGGAGAGAGAGAUCCGCCGGACUCUGGAGAGGGAGGAAUGCCACCGCAGAGAGAGGGGGGGGGUCACACAGGGCCUCACUGUACCCAGAGCCUCGGGCGGCACCACUGGGCAGACCGGACGAUCUCCCCCCAGACCUCCAGCGUGCCGCACCCCUACACUGUCCAUUUCCUCAUCCCCUUCUUGUUCCUCUUCCCUUCCGCGAUCUGUCUACCAUGAGAUGACGGCCAAUAAUGUCAUCAUCUUGGAGCCCGACUGCUCCAGCUCCACCUCCAGAAACCUCUCCUUACUCUCCUCCGCCAUCGGGGGCCUCUCCGAUUGGCCACUUAGCCAGGAUGCUGUGCCCUCCGCCAACGUCAUCGUUGUUGAGACCUCUAAUGUCAUCAUUCGCAGCGCUUCCGAAUUCUGUCUAAGCUCCGCCCCCGUGUCCACGGAAACGCAGGAGAGCACCUUCUCGUCCAAUCCGUUCUUUAAGCUGCGCUCCAUCAGCAGCCAAUCACUGGUGGAGCAAGAGAUCCGCAUGGUGAGGCAGAGGGAGGAGGAGUGGAGGAGGCAGCGGGAGGAGAUGUGGAGGAGGAGGAGGGAGGAGGAGUGGAGGAGAGGGAGAGAGAGGUACGACACUGUGCUGGUGUCUCCUGGCCUGAGCGAUAACAUCAGUUACAACGUGCCAGAGGUCCUAGAUAGGUGUGUGUCCUCUCCUUCGUCCCCCUCCAGGACUCGCAAAAUGGAAAGAUCCAGCAUGUCUUGUGACCACAAGUUGAACUGAUUAAUGAUGAAAUCCUUUACAUUUGAUCAAAUACAUUCAUUAUUCAUUUUGUCAUCUAAGCAUCGCUCUUUUCUAUUCAUGCAUCUAAUGAUUCCUCCACCUAUCCCGUCCUUUCUAUUCACCAUCUGCCCUAUAAUCCAUCCACUCAACAUGCUCCAGUGGCUCAGCUGAAUCUCCCCCUCCCUCCAGUUCCCCUCAUCCCUCUCUCUGAUGCCGAGGCGACCCAACGCCAUGGCGCAGCGAUGGGAGGCCUCCCUAUUAGCCAAUCAGAAGAAGGAGUGAGAAACAACCACAGAGGCCCUUUCUUAAUAUGCGUCCUUGAGUGGACUUUUGUUCUCGUGGAUCAGUCGCGGCCCGAGUUCUGAUCCAAUUCUAAAGUCCGCAUCUGGCCGAGAACGGUCAUAAUACCCGGAUGUGACUCGCCCCGCCCAUUUUACCCAGAAUGCAUCGGAGCAGGCUCCUCUGUUCUUGUGAGAGCCAAAUAUCCCAGAAUGCAUUUCACCUCAGCAACAGGCAACAACGACAGAGGAAAAUAAACAACUUUAUGUCGAAGUUUUUAAAUACUACUUUAUUUAAGUAACGUGAUGUAAUUUCAUGACUGAAGUUAGUUGUUAAAGCAGCUUGUGUUGUUACAGUCUGCUCCGUGGAUGGAGAUGUGAGGUGUAGCUAACGGCUCCUCCUCAUCUGACUGUAUAACAACUCUGAUCUGAUCCGAUAUUUUGCCUAAUUUUAUGACUGAUUAUAUAUAUUUAAUGACCAAUAUAAUAUAUACCAUUUCUAAUUGUAAAUAAAAAUGAAACAAAAGCUUGUUAAUAGUAAAAUACUCAACAGUCAAGAACUAUAUUAAAACGUAUUAGCAAGACCAGCUGACGUCAUCAAGUCAGCCGCUGUUCCAAUAGCGGAAAUGAGCGUUCUCCGUUCUCCAGAACCCGUGAGUCAGGGCUCCAGAACCCGUGAGUCAGGACUCCAGAACCCGUGAGUCAGGGCUCCUGAGUCCGUCUCCCAGUAGUGACAUCCUACGCCUCUGUUAGACUUGAUGUACAUUUUAGAAACACAUGUCAAAACCUGUGGUAAUUUGGUUUUAGAUCAUUAUAAAUGAUGGCAUUAGUACAAACCAGAUAUGCAUUGAUUUUAUGACGAUGAGAACAUUCUUGGCAGUUGCAUUUUAAUUUUAGAUACAGUAUGAAUUUAGUCUCUAUAUAUUUUUGAUGUGAUGCACAGUAUACGGCGUAUAUUCUACAAUAUUGCAGCUGCGUAGAGGUUUGAGAAGUGACAUUCAAAAAUGAUUUAACAUGUUGUGUUCUUUACAAAUGUCAAUUCAUAGCAGUUAAAGGUGCCAACCCAGACUGAAAAUAUUCUUGCCUUAAGCCACACACAGAAAAAGACAAAAAAUGAAUUUGUUUUAGCGCCCUACUUGGCCUCUGAUUGGCUGCUCAUGGUGGCCUCUGAUUGGCGGGUCGCUCGGCUUUAGCUGUGAGAUGAUGAAAGAUGCUGCAGCCACAGGGACGGCGCCGGUGGGCUCAAUGCUUGCUAGCCUCCUGCUAACAGAGCUGUAAAUAACCACGGUAUUAAAAAAUGAAACAACUAACUAGUAUUCACAUGCCUUUAACAUGGCAGCCCAAAGGUUUUAUGCGUGGUGCACACUGUUUUUAUUGCUAUUUCCUGUCUGUGGCUGUGAUGUUCAAGCAAUAUAACUGAAGCACUUCUAAAACAAUCACAGAUUUUAAUCCAGUCUAGUGAAGACUUUUACAUAUUUUAUUCCUAAAAAGAGAAUUAUUUUCUUGAAUUUGCGCUGCACAUAUUUAUGAAUUGAGACAUGCUUAUGAAUCCUUAAAGCUUUUAUUUCUAAAAGGUUUAUAAUGUAACGUGUCAGAAUGGCUGCAUGAACUGGAGGUCUGCAAUGUUUUCUAGAUGAAUCUGUGGAGUGUGUGUGCAUGAUAAUAAUAAUAAUAAUAGAAAUCCAUACUCCGUAUUUCAGCUUGCUUAUUUUGGCUAAUGUAGCUGCAGAAGGAGCUCACAUGGUUCCUGAUGAACUCAACUCCACUUGGCUGUGCAUUAUAGGUGCGUUCAGCUCAGAAAUGAGAGACUUCACCUGCCAUGUUGCAAAUAAUACCGUCAGUUUGAAUGAAUAUAUUUUGCUUGUGUUCUGAGCAUCGAUGGGAUGUAAAAAUGUGUUGCAGAAUUCACUCUCCACCCGCUAAUAAAGUGCAUUUGAGCUGUGAGUCCCUGUGCAGCCUGAAGUUGUGUCCAAACUUCUGACUACAAUCUCUACUUUCUGCCAUCCAUUUGGGGGGGGUUUGGUUGUUCUUGAAAUGUGCUGUAUUGGAUGUGGAAGAGAUGUUGGUCCCGGUGCGUCCCCUCCUCAUGGCUGUGAAGGUCCUCAUUCUGUGAGAUGAUGUGGAGUCAGGAGGCUUCAGCCAUCAGUCCGGAUGCUGUUCGUGUCCCCAUCUCACCACACAGGUCACAGUGGGAAGCCAUCAGUAAAUGGUGCAUUGUUACAUUGUUUCGCUAUUAUUUUCACACAAAUCUUGUUGUUCAGGGCCCAUAUUUAACAUAUUUAUGAAAGAUAUUGUUUGUGUUAGGAAACAAAAACGUUGUUUGCCUGGUUUCAUGGUGUUUCUGCGUUAGAUGUGCUCUAUGAAGGCACAUAGCCUACCAGCCUACCUGGUCUGGAUCCUUUACAACUCUAGUUUUAAGAAGGAUGUGCAUUUGGUGGUGUUCACUUGGUGAAUACGCCGUGUGACAGAAUAUUUCGUAUUGCUCAUAGAAACAACUUUUCCUCACGAACCGAGCAUCAUUUAUUCAGGUUCUGUUCAUUUCUCCGUUUAUUCGCCUUGCGCUUCAUUCAUUCAUUGUUGCCAAAUGAAAGGUCUUGUGAUGACAUCUUCAAUAAAACGUAACUUCUGAAACCUGCAA